AUGUCUGUUCAGGACGGCAUGAAGUCGUCGGUGGUGUUCCUGGGUAGAGCAGCCUGCCGAAUCUUGGCUGCCGGUAACCCAGGAAAUGCGUCACAGAUCAGGACCAUUGUACAUAAGAGCGUGCUGAGACUACCGCCGGAUUAUCCGGAUCCGUGGCCAUACAAAGAGAGAGGUUAUAACUACAUUGAUGCCCUCAGCGAUAGAACUCAAGCUCGUUUUCAUCAAAACUCCAAGCUGAUCGUAGUAGAAGGGAAUAUCGGAGUAGGAAAGAGCAAACUUUCGAAAGAGUUAGCUGAUCAACUUGGAUUCUAUUAUAUGCCGGAAUUCAAAAUGGAAGAUAUACUCAUAGAUCGUUAUGGAAAUGACCUUAGGGAUUUUUACCACCUGUUCCCAGAAAGUUUCCGAAUGCCCGAUUUGAAGAUGUUUUACAAAAAUCCACUGAGCGACAUGUCUGCAAAGAUGCAGCAGCGAAUCUUUGAGUGUCGCUUUGAUCAGUAUCUAAAUGCGGUAGCACACAUAUUGAACACAGGUCAGGGUGUAGUUUUGGAGCGCACACCAUAUUCCGAUUUCGUCUUUGUGAAUGCAAUGCGGGCAAAGAACUUUGUGGGACGCGAAUAUCUGAAGCACUACUACUAUGUACGGAAAGCUGCCCUUCCACAGCUGCAUUUCUGGCCGCAUUUGGUUGUCUACCUUGACGCUCCUGUCGGCAAGCUCCUGGAGAAUGUGAAAGCUCGAGGAAAUGCUGACGAAAUUGCCGCUGUCGAUGAGAAAUAUCUUAAAACCAUUGAAGAUUCAUAUAAGGAUUCACUAAAAGAGUACAGACGCCACUCAAAAAUCCUUGCCUACGAUUGGACUCGGCCGGGUGAUGCCGACACAGUUGUAGAAGACAUUGAGCGGAUGGAUUUCGAUUUCUUUGAGUGGCAUUCUGGUGACGUUAUGGAAGAGUGGUUCACAUUGGUUGAUGAAGUUGGGUGGAAUGGAUGGCGACACCAUGUAACUUCAAAACUUGACGCUAGAAUGUACGCCUUCGAUGGAAUGUCCACUCACGAAGUUGGAGAAUUGUACAUUAACCCACGCGAUGCUGGCCACUUCAUGCAAGUCAUGCGUAAAGAGGUGCUGAAAUCGCCUUACGGCUAUGGAUUUAUCAGAAAGAAGGGAGAUAAAAUGGCGGGUAUGAUGAGUUGGCGAAAUGAAGACUACCUUGCAGAGCCGUGGUUCGAGUACUAUUAUAGAGAGGCUUAUUACGACGACAUGAUGUCUAUGGAAGCAUCACUUGAUCCUCAUGCAGACUCGUACAAUCCUGAUUACGUACAUGCGCACCACUGAUUGAGCCAUUCCAGUUUGGCUCUAGAGCGGACGGACGUGCAGGUCGAAUUGCGAGUUUAGGUCAUAGAUUUAGUCAUGUUUGUAUGUGUUGGAGAGAAUAUACUGUUUGGUGGCUACCUGUGACAAACACCGUUUACCGUAAUGGCACCGUUGUGUGAUAAAGUGCACCAAUGAUUUCUUAGCAGAUAGAAUAG